GAUUCUACGGUGGCCACGCAAAAUGAUCGAAAAAUACUGCUGGUGUUGUGUCAGUUCAUAUGUGGCAAUUUGGCUAAUAAAGUAGGCGAACAAUUCAAUCAGUCUUUUUUUCUCAAUUGCGAAUGUUUCUUCGAAUAAUAUUAUAAUUAUGUUCCAAAGAACAAUCGGCAAUGCCGUUCCUUAAUAUGUUGAGUUUAUGGAAGUCCUUCACCAUGUUACAUUUAUUAUUAUUGCUCAUUCUGUGUACUUCACAUGUUUCACCUGGUGCAAAUGACCUCCAUUUCUAUGAUGGCUCUUCAACGGCUGACAUCAUUGCUGGAGAUGUUUUCUUCGAGAUUGUGGAUCCUCCCGAGUUAAGCUACUCUUUUCGGAUUCGACCAGCUAAAGAUUUUGGAGCUCCUUUUAACCAGAGCUUUCUCUUUGAAAAAGCCCGUUUAGUGCCAACUGUACCCAUCCAUAGUUGCUCAGAUAUUUUGAAUACUGAUGAGCUUACCGGCCAUAUUGCAUUGUCUGAGAGAGGUGAAUGUUCAUUCGUGUUCAAGACCGUGAAGGCCCAGCAGGCUGGUGCCAGAGCGAUGAUCAUCACGGAGUCCGUAGACAAGUGGGAAGACUCCAUGGAUCAUCUCAUUGAAAUGGUGGAUGACAGGAUGGAUACAGAAGUAAACAUCCCUGCAGGUUUCCUGCUCGGCCGCAGCGGCGCCACCAUCCUGCGAACGCUGCGCCGGCUCAAGUUGAACCACGCGAUCGUCAACCUGCCCGUCAAUCUGACGCAUGUACCUAUUAGCAAAAUGAACCAACCUCCUUGGAUCGCGUGGUAAAGCUUUCUUUGUAUAUAGUAAAAACCUUUUGGUAUUUAGAAGAAUGGAGGAGUGGGGAAACCACAUAAUUUGGUUAUUCAGGCGAUAUACAAUAUUAUGAAAUUUUCGAUACGAGAUUAAGUUCGACCUAAUACACUUAAUAGUUGUCUAUUUGUAUAGAUAACGUUAAAAUAAAUGAGUAAUUUAACUAAUUAAUAGGUAGUAGAAGACGUGUACUCUUCAAAAAUUGGUUUUACGAAUUUGAGAGUCCCGUACAUUACGUGGUACUAUAAAACUAUAUGGCGUCGUAUAGUGCCAUCUAGUUCAACUAUGAAAUUCUAUGUGCGAACAGCUUUGAAACUCUAUGUAGUAUGUACGGACAGCUAUGAAACUCGAUGUGCGAAGUGCGUGGUGAAUUAACACGAACAUGCACACAGCAACUGUGACUAAAUUAAUGUUUGAGUUGAAAAUACACCAAGUAUUUGACUGAGAUUUGUAUACUAACGUAUUCUACCUACUUAUCCUACUUUAAAUCAGACAUUUAUCAUUUUUAUAAAA